AUGGUGUCAUGUUUUUUAUAUCGGCCAAACUCCAAUUUGUUUUACUUGCCACAAAAGUCGGGGCACUCUAGUCGUGAUUCCCCUAAUAAUCGUGUAAAUAAUGCUCCUGUGGUUAAUCAGAAUAAUGUAGACCCAGGUACUGUCAAUACAAUUGUUCUUCCAAGUAAUCCCGGCCAAAACACUGCUCAUGCCAAUAAAACCACUUUGCAUGCUAGUGAAACCAUUUCUACCCCAUCUGAUCGUGUCGAUGUUGCUCCAACUCCUAUGCACAUGCAUCUUGCAUCACAUAUGGUAGACCACCCUUCUGCUGUUGCUCCCGCUGGUGAUCCUCCCGUUGAAGGUACACACUCCAAGGCCUAUGCUGAAGCAAUUAAAGAACCAUUGAAGCCCUCCCACAAUGCGCCUGAGGCAUCUUCUGAUGAUGAUGAAGAGUUUGUUGAUGUAGCAGAAUUCCCGAUGGCAGUUGAUCCUGUGUUGCAUAAGCGUGACCGUUCUGAUAGAGACUCUUCGGAUAAUUCGGCCAGCCAUCUUGAUACACGUAGUAAAGCUUUGAUCGUUGGUACCGAGACUUCUGGUGAUGGUAACUUGAAGGAUCUCUUUUCCCCCAACCUUUUUUCAUCACUCCACGACGAAGCAGCUGAUCUUCCACUUCUGGUCACUGACGAUGGAUAUCGAUGCUGCGAGCAUCAGUUCUUCUCCCCAACAUCCGAAGCCCCCUGGUGGCGAUCCAUCCACUGUCCCACCGGUACCUUUGGAUGA